AGUGAAUACAGUGACAGCAUCCUGGAGAUCAUGUCAAGGAAUCUGCAGAGCAAAUGCAGGGAGAGGCAUCGCUUAGCACUUAGAGCGCUGCUUGUUCUCAUUGAGGAUUCCUCAAUGGCUGAACGACUUUGGAGCCUGACUGAAAGUCUUGUGGAGCUCCUGCAGGACACAGAUGGAGAAACGGUUGCAAUGACACUCACUUCACUCAGCUUUAUAGUCUUUGACAAGGACAUGCUGAUACCUAGCCCCACCAUCCUGCAGCUGCUUGAGGUGCUUCUGCGACUCUUUGACCAUGAUAAUAGCCAUGUGCAGCUCAUAUCCAUGAUCCUCUUUCAAGAAAUGCAAGAUUUUUUAGUGGAAGAGGGUAAAAAGCCCUUCAAGAUGCAUGUGCGCCAGAGCCUGCUGCCUCUCUUCUUCCACUGCCACGACGAGAACCAGCAGGUGGCAGAGGCCUCUCAGAGAGCACUGCUUAGCAUGGCCAAGUUACUGAAGAGGAGAGAACUUGCAAAUCCCGUGAAGAGCAAGCAACUGUGGAAGUUUGCUGAGGUCCUGGUAAGGAUGGCCUGGAAGGCCCAGCCUCAGCCUGGAGAAGCCCCCUGUCCCCGGCGCUCGGUGUAUGGGGCUGGCAGCUGGGCCCCUGCCCGGUGCCGCAGCUGGGGCCGGGGCUGGGAGGUGGGAAGCAAGGCUGGACACAAUUCGGAUUCGGAAAAAUACCAGAUAGUGCCGGGAAUGAGGAAAUUGGUGUGGAAGCAAGCACAAAGGAACUAG